AUGAUAUGCUUCAGCCUCAUUGACAACAAAUCUCUGAGCCACGUGACCGGAUGGCGCCAAAGAAGUUCGAGUUUGCUUCCCGACAAUACCCCGUGUGUCAUCGUAGGAACUAAGUGUGAUUUGGGAAGCAUGCCCGACGAAAACUGGUCCUUCUUGUGCGAGAGCGAAAACUUCGACACUUGGUUCCAAACUUCGGCCAAGUCUGGUGUGGGCGUGAAAGAAUCAUUCGAAGGGCUUGUCAAAAUGAUGCUGGACAGAGAGGAAGAGAAUCGUGAAAUGGACGGGAAAAAAGGGGACUUGCUUGGAGAUCUGAGCGGACAGCGAGAGAGGUCAAGGCCAUGUGGUUGUUGA